AUGAAGAUGGCUGACGGUUCUACGAUCCUCAGAAGAAACAGACCCGGAACCAAAGCUAAGGACUUUUCCAACUGGCCCGAUGAACCGUUCGAGGAGAUGGACAGCACGCUUGCGGUGCAGCAGUACAUUCAGCAGAUGAUCAAGAAGGACCCCUCCGGCGUGGAGCAGAUUCUGACGAUGCCCGACGGGCAGGACGAGGGUGUCUGGAAAUACGAACAUCUCAGACAAUUCUGCAUGGAAUUGAACGGCCUGGCGGUCCGGCUGCAGACGCAGUGCUUUCCGGCCACCUGCACCCAGAUGACCGCCACCGAGCAGUGGAUCUUCCUGUGCGCCGCUCACAAGACGCCAAAGGAGUGUCCGGCCAUCGAUUACACGCGCCACACCCUGGACGGGGCCGCGUGCCUUCUCAAUAGCAAUAAAUACUUUCCUAGCAGGGUAUCAAUCAAGGAAUCGUCGGUGUCGAAGCUGGGCUCGGUUUGCCGGCGCGUGUACCGGAUCUUUUCGCACGCGUACUACCACCACCGGCGAAUAUUCAACGAGUUCGAGGAGGAGACGUACCUCUGUCUGCGCUUCACCCACUUUGUCACCAAAUAUUCGCUCAUGUCCAAGGAGAACCUGAUCGUGCCGAUCCCCGAGUGCGAGCUGACCCCCGGCGAGAGUGAAGCUUAAGGCCCCCGGGUAAGAUUUCACGACGCAAACGGACGUAUUUGUUGCAUUAACGACACCCUAUCACAAACACACUCAAACCUCUUACUAUUGGUCCUCCUCUGUUCCUUUCCACGGUGAGACAGCUGCUUUCUUUGGCGUGUUUUUGAUCCUAUUUUUAAAACCUUUCCUAUAUUUAAAAACAAAUGACGAACGCAAAACGCAAAGUUGUAAUCAAAGGUAAAAACCUCUCACUAGAAAGCACUCGAAUAGAGAGAGAGACGCGAGUUGGACAGUUAAUGGACAAACACAUAAUGGAAACAGCAUUCAGCAUAUGAAAGAAAAAUAAAAUUAAAAACAAACGCGAAAGAUGGUAAAUCGCGUGUAAAAUUUAAAAUAAAAAAGUAUUUAACGAUUGAGCAAGUAAUUAUAAACUAUACUUAUACUGAAUACAAGUAAAAACAAAACAGAAAGAGAGAUUCGGAAGGCAAGCAACAAUAACUAUGGUUUAAGAAUGCAAUGAGACAGAAAAAGUAGAAAGAAAACAAACUCGUACGCUAUAAUCGUCCAUCCGUCUUUGAUCCUGUUUCACCUGUUGAGAGAACCCGGAACAAGCGCGCGAACCUUCGGCGCGCGCGAGUUACCUCUUCAGGGUUGUCUAUUUUUUACACAUUGAACAAAAAAACUGAACCAUCUUCACACACAUGACAAACUAAAAAAAAAUGGGUAAUGAAACUAUGCAAGCAUUACGGAAAUUAAAGAGAGAAGAAAACAACAAAAAAUCCAUCGUUCAUAGGGUGGCGCGCGUGGCGGGCAACCAAAACGUAUAAAAUAUGUGUCAGUUUUUUUACGCUACUCGAAGUUAGAAUAUGUAACGAAACAAAACAGCAUCAACAAAAUUCACCCCACAAGCAAGAAGUAAAAGAAAAAAUAGAGGUUCCACAAACAACUCACUCACACACACACACACUUCAUAAACUAGCAAAUGGUGUUUAGUGAAACAACAGAAGAAAAAAGAAAGUUGAAAAUAACCCAACCAAAAAAAAAAACAAAUAAAAUAAUUAAAACAAGUCGAAAGAGCAUCUCAGCGCAGAAAAAAAAAGUGUUACAGUAAUCACUUGAGAAAUGUUUACACCUGAAAGGAAAUGGAGAUUAUGUAAUCUAGAAGUAAAAUGGGGGAAAAAUUCAAAUAAAAAAUCAUUAGUAAUAUUAUAAUAUAAAUACGACGUGGUUGCUGA